AUGGAAGAAAAAUAUAAUCAAUUGGAAGAUGAAAAUGCUUCGGAUACUUCAGAAAAAUCUAAAACCGGUCUUGUUACUUCAGAGAAGAAAAUAGUCAGUGAUGUGAAAAAAGAAUCUGAUCCAGUGUUAUCCGUGCCAGCAUCAUCUGCGCCUAAAGUAGAACCAAAAGAAGAAGAGGAUCAGGAUAGUGACCAUGAAGAUCCGCAUGUAAAAGAAUUAUUAAAUGGUUUGGAAGGUGCAGCUUUCCAAAGCCGUCUUCCAUUUGAUAAAUUAACGUCUACAGAAGCGGCAUGUUUCCCAGAUGUAUCCGGGGGACCACCACAAACACAAAAAGUAUUUCUACACAUUAGAAACAGACUUCUACAAUUGUGGCUUGAAAAUCCAAAGCAACAAUUAAUUAUUGAAAAUGCUCUMCCUGCCAUAGAACCACCGUACAACAGCGAUACUUUACUAGCUCGUCGUAUUCAUUCCUUUUUAGAACGUCAUGGUUUUAUAAAUUUUGGUGUUUUUAAACGUUUAAAGCCGUUACCUACUAAAAAAUUAGGUAAAGUUAUAGUGAUAGGUGCAGGAAUAGCUGGUUUAGCUGCAGCUCAACAAAUGCAGCAAUUUGGCUUAGAAGUAAUAGUACUAGAAGCAAGAGAUCGAGUAGGUGGAAGAAUUGCAACAUUUCGUAAAUCAUCUUACAUUGCGGAUUUAGGAGCCAUGGUGGUCACAGGAUUAGGGGGUAAUCCAGUAACAACUCUUAGCAAACAAAUUAAUAUGGAGCUUCAUAAAAUACGACAGAAGUGUCCUUUAUACGAAAGUGACGGCCAAACGGUUCCAAAAGAUAAAGACGAAAUGGUCGAACGAGAGUUCAAUAGAUUAUUAGAAGCAACGUCUUAUCUGUCACAUCAGUUAGAUUUUAAUUAUAUAGGCAACGCUGGAACAGGAAGCCAAGGUGCCAAUACACGGCCGGUUUCGUUAGGUCAAGCAUUAGAAUGGGUUAUACGUUUACAAGAACAGGGCGUUAAACAAAGACAAGUUGCACAUUUACGUUCGGUUCUUUCCUUACAAGGGAGAUUAAUUACCAAUCAACAUAGAAUGAUACAAAUUAUGAGUCGUUUAACAGAUUUAAAUAAACAAUACAAAGAAAUGUCAGAAAAUAAAUCACAAACAAGGGACAUCACACAAGAAUUCGUGUUGCGUUCGAAAUUACGCGAUCUUCACAAUGCUUGCAAGGAAUGGGAUCAGCUAGCGGAACAACAGAAAGAAAUCGAAGCGAAGUUACAGGAGUUGGAGGCAUCCCCACCAAGUGACGUGUACUUAUCAUCGAAGGAUCGUCAAAUAUUGGACUGGCAUUUUGCAAACUUGGAAUUCGCCAACGCAACAUCUCUGUCAAAUUUGAGCUUGAAGCAUUGGGAUCAGGACGACGAUUUCGAGUUCACCGGAAGUCAUCUGACCGCUCCUAGUUCCAUGCCAUUAUCGAGAACUUUGAACUAG